GAGGAGUAGAGAGAAGGAGGGAAGAGAGAGAGAGCGUAGAGAGAAGGAGGGAAGAGAGAGAGAGCGUAGAGAGAGUAUUCUCUCAGCCUCUUGUAGCAGCGUCCAGUUUAACCGUCUUUCCUUCCUAAUUAAACGUUGUUGGAAUAUAAACAGUAAUAAACACAAUCGGGAUUAUCUGAGGAGAAGAGACGCACCUGUUCACCUGUACAGCCCUGUUCACCUGCUCAUCCGUUACAGAGCAUUCAGCGGGACUUCACUACAGCAGCAUCAACAGCCACAAACAGCCUGAGAACCGGAGGAACCUUUGCACCACAGUGGUCAGGACCCCCAUGGACCCUCACAGAGCAGGUGUAACACUAUGAAGCUAUUCUGACCUGUGCCGACUGAGCUGCAUGCAGGUGGCGCCCCCUGUUAGCAAGAACGGUCAGAAUGAAGCGAGAGCGCUUUAAACCCCCAGAGCCUGAUGAUCCGUUCUGCUGCUGUGGCGACAUCGACCAACAGAGGGAGUACUGCUGCUGUGACUGUGAGGAACUGGACAAUGCCUGUGAAAGACUCAUUCAAAGGGAUUCAAAGAAUGAGGACUUUCUCUCUCGUCUUCUCUCCGUUCUCUCGGAGCGUUUGGGUCUUCAGUGCUCCCCUUUGGGAUCCGUCCGCAUUGAACUGUCCAUCCUGCCUCCAAUGCUUUUACUUCCAGUCCUGCUGCAGGUGGCGGCACUGCACUGCGUGCUGGGAGUCGUGGUCCUGACGGCCCUGCCGGGACUCGUACUGUGGUAUUAUUACAUGACGCACCGCAAGAAGAGGCGAACGCUGUUCUUCCUCAGCCUGGCGCUCUUCUCCCUCGCCUACAUGUACUACCUUUUCAUCACCGAAAUCGUGCCUAGGGGGGACGUAAGUUACCAGCAAGUAGUUACCGCAACAACCGGCAUGAUACUGAUGCUCAUCUCCCUCGUUCGCACCAAACAGGGUCCCGGAUACGUCCAAGCAGACAAUAGACACAACAAUAUUACCUCCACCAAUCAGAGCAAACUCUGUAAUCAGGACUCCGCCUGCUGCAAUGGAGUCAGCCAAUCCGAUCAUGCUGUGGAAAACAAGAGGAAGUGGUGUUCCAUCUGCCGAUUGGUGCGUCCGUCCAGGGCGGGUCACUGCAGGAUCUGUGGAGUAUGCGUGCUAAGAAUGGACCAUCACUGCGUCUGGAUAAACUGCUGUGUGGGGCAGGACAAUCACAGGCACUUCCUGCUGACACUCCUCCUCUUCCUGCUGACAUCACUGUACGGGAUCAGCAUGGUGCUGCGCAGUGUGUGUCCACGGCAGAGUGUGUUCACUGCUCUGCUGUACUGCCCAGGGGUCUACAACCAGUACAGCACGGCUCUGUGUUUUACGUGUGUGUGGUACAGCUGUAUAAUAACAGGGGGUCUGCUGCACCUGCUGAUCCUGCAGAUCAUCAACAUCAGCUGUAACGUGACGGAACGUGAGGUCCAGCUGGCUCUGCGGAACGGAACCGGACGCAGGCGGUUCUGCGGCCUGCUGGUGGAAACCAGCACACCUUCACACGGCUUCAUGCACAACUGGACACACUUCCUCACCAUGCACACUGCUGAAGGGGCACAGGCUCCGCUCACUCUCACAGACGUGGUAUGACCCACGGAGACUCCAGCUCACUGACCGACUUCCAUAUGGACUCAACACUUCCAAAAGACUUCCAAAGGGACUUCACAGUGAAUAACAUGAACACAGGGGUCACUUUAGGUCAACGGCUCACAUCUACAGGGUAUUACUUCCAUUUUAUGCCACUUUCUAUUAUAAUUAAUAAAGUUUCUAUCUAUGUUUUCCACCUUAAA